AGCUGUUGGAUUCCGUUGGAAAUGGAAUCAGACACUGCAAAGUGCAAAUUGGAUUGGAUUACCUCACCCUCCUCUCUUUCAACCUCUUACAUUAUCGGAAAGCAAAUCCCGGGAAAAGAAAGUCCGUGGAAAUGGCCGAACCGGAGGAACCCAAGUCAACGGGGGAGGAGGAGGAGGAGGAGGAGAGAGUAGAGGCGUUGAUCAUGGACUUCGAUAAUCUAGAUGACUCCUGGUCGUGGGAUCAGAUCCUCUUGCUCUCCGACAACAACAUCGACAACAUUAGCCACAAUCCCAUGUCACCACUCUCCGACCAGCUCUUCUCUCCUCCCUGGGCCUUCGCAGAUGGAAACGACGACGCAGUGCAUGCCACCUCUGCUCCCCCGGACUCCUCUCCAUUGCUCUCCUGUACUCCCAAUUCAGCAACUGAAAUGCAAAUGGAGAUCGGAAAUAAUAGAAGAGUUCCAUCUCCACUUAUGGGACUGAAGCCCCUAGAUGAUUUAGAUGGGUAUUGUGUAAUCAAGGAGAGGAUGACACAAGCACUUCGGUACUUCAUAGAUGUGACGGAAAACAAUGUUCUAGCUCAGGUUUGGGCACCCAUAAAGAAUGGGAGCCGGUAUGUGCUCACAACUUCAGGGCAACCUUUUGUUCUUGGUCCACAUAGCAGUGGACUUCAUCAGUAUAGAAUGCUCUCUCUGGCAUAUACAUUUUCUGUGGAUGAGGAGAACGACGGAGUGGUUGGGCUUCCUGGCCGUGUUUUCCAGCAAAGAGUGCCGGAAUGGACUCCAAAUGUGCAGUAUUACUCCAGCAGAGAGUAUCCACGUCGUAAUCAUGCCCAGAAUAACAAUGUUCAGGGAAGCUUGGCAUUGCCUGUCUUUGAGGCUUCUGGCCAGUCCUGUGUUGGUGUACUUGAGAUCAUCAUGACUUCAACAAAGAUCAACUAUGCACCUGAGGUUGAUAAAGUCUGCAAAGCACUUGAGGCAGUAAAUCUGAAAAGUUUCAAGAUAUUGGAUCAUCCAAACACACAGAUUUGCAAUGAAGGUCGCCAGAAUGCGCUGGCUGAAAUUUUGGGAAUAUUGACGGUGGUGUGCGAAACUCACAAAUUACCUCUGGCUCAGACUUGGGUUCCAUGCAGGCAUCGCAGUGUUCUGGCCCAAGGUGGUGGUCUCAAGAAGAGCUGUACUAGCUUUGAUGGUGGUUGCAUGGGACAAGUCUGCAUGUCCACAACUGAUGUGGCCCUCUAUGUUGUAGAUGCUCACAUGUGUGGUUUCCGGGAGGCCUGUGUUGAGCAUCACUUGCAAAAGGAUCAGGGGGUUGCUGGGAGAGCAUUUUCGUCCCAUAGCUUAUGCUUCUGUGAAAACAUUACCCUAUUCUGCAAAACUGAGUACCCCUUAGUACACUAUGCCCGCAUGUUUGGUUUAGCCAGCUGUUUUGCCAUCUGCUUAAGGAGCACUCAUACGGGAGAUGAUGAUUACAUUGUAGAAUUUUUUCUGCCCCCAAGCAUUACAGACUUCUAUGAACAACGGAUUUUAUUGGGCUCCCUAUUGGCAACAAUGAAGCAGCAUUUCCAGAGUCUUAAGGUUGCUUCGGGUAUUGAACUUGAAGAUGAAGUAUCCGUCGAAAUCAUUCAAGUUUCUACGAAUGAGAGAGUUGAUUCAAGACUUGAAUCUUUACAAAUACCCUUAUCUAUGAAAUCACCACCUAGGCCUGAUGGCUUGCUGAAUAAGGGAGAUGUGGUGCAGUUAGAAUCAUCAAAACAGCAGUUAGUGUUGCACUUAAAUGACAUUAAUGAUAAAGGCACCAUUGCAAAUAAUGUUGGCGAAAGUGUCGAUCACUUUUCUUCUUUAGAAAAUAAGGAGAUCAGAAAGACAUCCGAGAGAAAGCGUGGAAAAACUGAGAAAUCACUUAGUCUAGAAGUUCUCCAACAAUAUUUUGCUGGAAGUCUUAAAGAUGCUGCAAAGAGCCUUGGUGUUUGCCCUACUACAAUGAAGCGUAUCUGUAGGCAGCAUGGGAUCUCCCGGUGGCCAUCUCGCAAGAUCAACAAGGUCAACCGUUCCCUCUGUAAGCUAAAGCAUGUAAUUGAAUCUGUUCAAGGUGCUGAAGGAGCAUUUGAUUUAAAUUCUCUCACCACGAGUCCUCUUGCUGUUGCUGUUGACUCUCAGCCUUCCAGUUUGAAUAGGUCAAAUCCACAAAAAUCACCAUCCUUUAAACUCUCUGAACCUCAGAAAAAGAAUGAAUCACCCACAGGUAUAACACUCAAAAACAACGAACAGGCUGGGAUGGAAGUUCUAUUGCAAGGACGAAGAAAGUUGAGUCCGAAGAACCUUAUUCGUGAUCGUAGUAGUUCUCCACCAGAGCUUGUUAGAGGCUCAAACAGGUCCAAAACGAGGAGUGGCUCACGUGAAGAGAGCGCCGGGACUCCUACUUCACAUGGUUCAUGUCAAGGCAGUCCCCCGGAUGGAAGCACACGGGCAAAGCAUCUAUAUAUUUCCUCCAUCAACGAGCAAUGCAAUAAAGUAGGCGGCUGCCCUGAUUUGGCAUAUCAACCCCCAGGGGCACCCAAUAUAUCAGCUACAUACUUAAUACCUGAUGGUCUUUUGAUGACAGAACCUCAAGAAACAUUUGGUGGAAUGCUAAUUGAGGAUGCUGGAAGUUCAAAAGAUUUGAGAAAUCUUUGUCCUUCAGUAGCAGAUGCUAUGUUGGAUGAGCAGGUCCCAGAGUUUUGUUGGACUAACCCACCAUGUCCCAGUUUGGCUCCUAACCAAUCUAUGGCUACUCUUGCUCACACCAUGCCACACGUUACAGCUAAGAAAGAGAUGAACAGUGUCACGAUAAAGGCAACAUUUAGGAAAGUUAUUAUCAGGUUUCGGCUUUCUUUGAGUUCAGGUAUUUUGGAGCUGAAAGAAGAAGUGGCAAAGAGGUUGAAACUCGAAAUAGGAACAUUUGGUAUCAAGUAUCUGGAUGAUGAUAAUGAGUGGGUAUUGAUAGCCUGUGAUUCAGACCUGCAGGAGUGCAUAGAUAUUUCAAGAUCGUCGGCCAGCAAUGUCCUCAGGCUUUUGGUUCAAGAUGUAAUGGCUAAUCUGGGGAGCUCCUGUGAGAGCUAUGGGGAGUGAGGAUUAGUUUGUGCAUAUUAGUGAGUCUGUACAUAUAUCCAUUCUUGUAGUGUUAGGAUGCAUGGGUAAGUUGUUGAUCUUGGUUUUAAGUCUCGCUCUAGUUGUAAGAAAUUUUCCGUUUAAUUAAAGAAGUACCACUUUCCUA